CACGUAUUCGUCCGCUCUAUUACCUCUUCUUCGCUCUCCGAUAGUCCAUCAUGAUGACAUGAUCGCAGUCAUGGUGGUCCAUGAUGCUGCUAAUGCUUUUUCAUGCUGCCAUGGGACUAUUGAAAGAUGACGCUUCUGUCGUUGCCAUAGAAACGGGGAACAAGUCACGAUCGUGUUUACAUUUUGGUUUGUAGCACAACGCCAGUUAUAUACUCCAGCUGAGUUUUACCACCUCGUAUAUUUACAAUGAGCAAAAGAAGGAACUCGGAUUCCGAUAGAGACUAUAGACACGAGCGCCACGAUAAAAAAAAAUAUUCAAAGAAACAAAUAUUCGAAGAUUUUGAUAGAAGCAGAUCAGUUGUUCAUCAUGGUUCAAAAAGUAAUGAAUUAAGUGGUCAUAGUUCACAUCAUGGAGAAGCUGGAAGUAGUAAUCGGAAUACUGACAAUUUUGAAUAUUGGAAACGCGAUCUCGAUGAAGUGCUUUCUAAGUGUUCUAUUUCUGAUAAAGAUGAAUUUUGGAAAUUUCUUAGAUCAUACAUGACCAUGCAGAAAAAGGCCCAGAAUAGGAAUGAAAUAUUUGAUUACAAAAAGACAGAUUGUGUGCCAUUAACAUUAUGUGGUGGAGUGGAAAAAUUAUACACUCGGCUUAAUGCAAAUGCUUCAUUGACACUCUCAAAAUUUAAGGAGUUCUGUGAUGUAAUAUGUCUAUAUCUAGAUUUUAGGCAAAGAGAAAAAUUUUCUAAACUAGUGAAGCUUAGGGAAUGUCAGAAGAAUCUUCCCAUUACACAGUACAAGGAAGAUAUUGUCAAAGCAGUGCAGGAAAAUCGUGUGGUAAUUGUCGCAGGGGACACAGGUUGUGGAAAAUCUACCCAAGUGCCACAGUAUCUUCUGAAUUCUGGUUUCAAGUGCAUUGCCUGCACACAACCUCGUCGUAUUGCAUGCAUUGCUCUUUGCAAGCGAGUGUCCUAUGAAACAUUGGAUAGAUAUGGUCGGGAAGUGGGGUACCAGAUACGAUUUGAAAAGAGUCGAAGUCAAGAUACAAGAAUCCUCUUUAUCACAGAAGGUCUCCUUUUGCGGCAGGUCCCUGGAAGACUCCACCCAAUUAAAUUAAAAUAUUGCCCCAUUUCUAAAGAAGAUCAACCUAGUCGUGGUGAAAGAUUUAAUGCUGCGCCCUACAUACGGGUUUUACAACUAAUUGAUGAUAAGUAUCCCAAGGAUGAACGGGGUGAUGUACUAAUGUUCCUGAGUGGCAUGAGUGAAAUUUCUGCUGUAGUAGAGGCUGCACAAGAGUAUGCUUCCAUGACUCAGAGUUGGGUGGUUCUUCCACUCCAUAGUGCGCUGUCAUUAGCAGAUCAGGACAAGGUGUUUGACUACCCUCCAGAGGGAUAUCGCAAAUGUGUAGUGGCUACAAAUAUAGCUGAAACAUCUAUAACAAUUGAUGGCAUUCGUUUUGUGGUGGAUUCAGGGAAAAUGAAACAGAUGAGUUUUGAUCCUGGGACACGCAUGCAACGCCUAAAAGAAUUUUGGGUCAGUCAAGCAAAUGCAGAGCAACGAAAGGGUCGAGCUGGUCGCACAGGGCCAGGAGUGUGCUUUCGUCUCUUCUCUGAAGAACAGUACAAUGAUUUAGAAGCAUUCACUGAGCCAGAAAUCCAUCGGGUCCCUCUGGAUUCUCUGAUUUUACAAAUGUUGGCAUUGGGGCUUCCUGAUGCUCGGCAGUUUCCUUUCCUAGAAGCUCCACCAGAAGGAGCCAUAGAAGGUGCUCUUCUAUCCCUGCAGCAGCAGGGAGCACUCUCUGAGGAGGAGCAACUGACACCCAUGGGCAAGCUGCUGGCUGCCUUGCCUGUGGACGUGGCCCUAGGAAAGUUGUUGCUGGCUGGUUGCCUCUUGCAUCAGCAGGGGCCUGCACUUGCUCUGGCAGCUGCACUUAGUGUGCAGAGCCCCUUCAGUGGCCGAGCAAGUCGUGAUCCUGAUAUUGAAGCUGCUCGAGGUGAGCUGGAAUCUGACCAUGGUGAUCCUCCUGCUUUAUUGGCAGCAUUACGAACAUGGUUGCAAGAGAAGCAGCAGCCAGGUUCUGGUGCCCGCCGCUGGUGUAAACGCCUUGGAUUGGAGGAGCAAAGGUUUUUUGAAAUGGUUAAGCUGCAGCGCCAAUUUCGAGAUUUAUUACAGGACGUGGGCUUGCUGAAUGAAGAUAGAUCAACAUCAACGCCUUCUACAGCAGCUGAGCGUGCAAUGCGUCAUGGUGAGAUGAGGCUUUUGCAUAAGCUACGCCGUGAACAGCGAGCUGCCGGGCCGAGGAAACGGCGUCGUUUGCGUGCAGACACAUGGCAGCUUGCCACUGGGGAAGAUGAAGAAGAACCGGAUCAUGAUGCAGAUGUGCGAGAUGUGGAAUUUCGUUUGAGUCACUCAGGAUCUCAGCUUCAGAAUCUGUUGGUGGGUGCAAGUGCAAACUCAGCUGCUGAACUUGGGCUGUUGAAAUUGUUGGUGGUGAGUGGACUUUAUCCACAACUGGCUGUAGCUGAUGAAUUCAAUGCCUCCAAGUCUGUUUCAGAAAUGCUUUUUCAUACAAGUACCAAGCCUUUCGUGGCCUUGCACCCUAUGUCUUAUUUUGGACGUCACCCUCAAGUAUUGCAGCUAUCAGAUGCAGAUGUGGAGGCUCCUGCUCGAUCUCAGGGUCGGCUGCCAUUGAGCUCCAAGCACCAACUUCUUUGUUACAUGUCAUUGUUGGAAACAACAAAACCCUACCUAAUGAACACAUUACGGAUACCAGCAGCUCAAUCUCUCUUGUUAUUUUGCCAAAACCUAGAUACAAGUCUUGACUUUUCAAGAGUGGUUUGUGAUGAAUGGCUGGAGCUCGAGUUCUCAGCUCCCCCUUCUGCUGCCAUGUUGCUUCACCGUGUCAGCCAGUUGCGCAUGCAGUGGAUUCGCCUAUUGGCCCUCAAACUUGAUGUUGUAAGUCGCCAUCAGAAGCAGAACUCUGAAGACGAGCAGUCGGAGAGUGAGACAAGUGCAGUAAUGCCAUCAGCAGAUGCAGAUGCUGAAGCUGCACGUCUUUCAGCGCAUCUAGCAGUAGAGCUUCCACGACUACUACAUGUGGACAUUUCUUACUCCAUCUCUCGGCUUUUGGCUGCUGACCGUAAAGUGUUGUUUGUGGGCCCUGGAGUCAACAAUUCAACUAUUGAACCCAAUCCUUUCCUGCCAAAGGAAACAACAAUUAAAACUGAAUUUCAAGUUCAGCCGCAUCCUCGGAAAGGAGGCAUGCGUGUAACACCAUUCCUGACAUAUGGUUGCCUAGAAGAUGCAAUAGAGGACCCUCCUCCUUUGGAAGAGUGGCAUUGUGAGCUCUGUGACUUUAUGGGGGUUCUGCAGCCACUACAACAGCUGCAACACCUCCACAUGUGCCAGCCUAGCAAGGAAGAGCAGCAAAAAUCUGAAAAUUCAGAAGAGAACAAACAGAGUAGACCAAAUGCAGAGAACCAUCAAUGUCCAAUCUGCAAGAAAUACUUGCAAGUCUCUGCUAUAGAGCUGUUGAGGCAUCGAAGACAAUGUGCAGCCAGAAUUGAUGCAGAUCAGAAGGACAAGAAGAAAGAGAAAUAGCGGUGAGGCAAGCAAAUUCUCACAAAGGUAGGCAGAUGCAGUAUCCCUUCUCUGCCCAUGAAGUAACACUACUGAUGGCCACCAUCAUACUGAAGCGGAUGGCUAUUGGUGUCUAUUAGGUUCCUGCUUCUUUGAGCACCACCACAAAGCUUUCUCCAGACAUUUGACCAGUGUUUUACAGGGUGUAAUACAAAAAUGUUGUGAAAAACUGGUGUAUUUAUAAGACUUUCAGGAGUUCAACAACUGGAGUCAAAUUAUGCUCUUUGCCACCAGGAAAGGUCAUCAAAAAUUGGUCAAACAUUUAAUAAUAAUUGUGUCGUCUUCUUCUCAACUAGAAUAUGCCAUUUCCUGUGAUGCAUUCUUCCUCUGAAUAACUUCCCAGAAUCACUGUUAAAUAAUCAGUCAAUCUAUACUCUUAUCAUCUUUCCUUGAUAACAGCUGGAUUAUAUUAGCUGUUUGGUAGAUACAGCUUUUCUUUCUGACAGUAGACACUUUCUUUUAGAAAUGUUCAGUGAGAAUUGCAUAGUUGUUUCCGUAUCAAACAAAACUAAAAAUAAGAUUUUGAAGUUUUAUUUAGUUAUUGAAAUUACUGUAUAAUCAGUGUGACUUAUAGGUCCAGGUCUAUGUGUGAAUGCCAGUUCUAGAUUUCCAUAAACAUUGAUUCCAUUUAAAUUGAAAAUAUCAAUCUGAAGAUUAAAAAUGUUCCAGAAAACAAAUUAGGAAUGCUUGGAAGGCACUCAAGAGAAUCAAUGGAGACAAACAACAUAAUAACUUCAAUUUAUUAGAGCUUUUUAAAAUGUAAAAAGUUUGUAAUUGAACUGUUUAACAGCUACUGUUAAAUGUUUACGUUACAUCAUUAGUGUAAAGUAUCUGGAGGAAUAUUGUAAAUAUUUUGUCAAUAAAAAAAAAAAGAUUUUGAAACUAAAUUUAAUUUUAUUCAUUGCAUACCAUAAUAUUUAUUAUAUUUCUCACAUUUGCAAUACAUACAGUAAUUAUUAUAUUUUUUCCCAGUUUAUCCAUUUACAAUUGUGCUGCAUCACUAUGCAUUAUUGUUUGUAGCAUUGAGUUAACAAGCUUGUUCUAUACUUUGUUAUAAAAAACAUCAGAUGAAUUAUUAUUUUCUGUGAGUAUAUUAUGUAAUUCAACUAGACAGUAAUUGAAGAAAUCAAUUACAUUUUUAAUUGGUUUAAAUGCAAUAUUCACAGAAAGAUCUAAAAAGUUUAACUAUAUAAUAUUGAAGAAAUUAUAAACUUUCAGGUAAAAUUUCUAGUAAUUUUCUCAUAAAGAAUUUCAGUCAAAGACACUGAUUUUCAUUAAAAUAUUGAUUUGAUCAGUUUGUUGUCAAUGAAUGGCAUUUCAAUUGGAUUUUCCAUUUACUUUCUCAUAUAUUUUUGGAUGGUAAAUGCUUCAAAAAGUGGAGGUUGAGAUUUUGACUGAAAUACAAGUGUUGAGGGAAAGAUUUGUUUUCUUUU